UUUGGCCAUGUUCUCCACGAUGGUAAAAUUACAUAGAUUUUUCGACAGUUUGUUAAGAAAAAAGUCCGUAUCCAAACUGGAUACAGAUGCGAGUGUAUUGCCAGCGAGCGAGCAAGCCAGAACUUCAAACAAUAUAGCAAUCCGACAGAAUGAUGGUCUUCCAACGGGUGGUGGUUACCAAUUGGAAGUGUCGGCUGUAGCAAACGAUACUGUCCUUGCUCACGCGAAAGAUUCUCCGGACCUAAUAUCUUCUAUGCCUAACGAACAAAUUCGACUGGCGAAUUCAAUUAUGAACAAUGUACAGUAUAAUGCACACUCAUCAACCCGUACGGCUAUAUCGAACUCAGGAGGAAUACAUGUAUUUCAACUGAAAAAUACUAGAAAUGUGCAUAUUGGAGACAACUUUUUCGUUCAGACUGCCCAUAAGCAGAACCAAUUGGAGGAAGUAAAAUGGAAGAAAUUAAAACAAUCGCAUACUAUAAUGCACUUGAUGCAUUCUUCCAUUGACAUAGAUAAUGAAGUGCUAGAAAUCGUCUCCCGCCAUCUCGGCUAUGAAUGGAAAAGCUUUGCUCGUAAGCUGGGCUAUUCGAGGGGACAGAUUGAUGCGUUCGAAGAAGAUAAUCGAAACCUGUCAGAGCAAAUCUACAACUUCAUUUCGGAUUGGUAUCGCAGCGAGAGUAAUCCUACGCUUGGCAAACUGGUAUCAUUACUAUGGAAAAAUGAGCAUAAGGAAACCGUUUAUCACAUUAAACAAGCAUGGAAAAAACGAAAAAAUGAUCUGACUUCACUGAACAAAUAUGAUGAAUCAUAGAAAAAAGUUAAUUUUUUUUAGGUUAUUGUAAAACAAACCAUUGGAUAUUUACAGUACAGCCGCAAGAACAGUACAACAUCAUUGGAAAUAGUGACGAGUUAUUUGCUUGAAACAGUUGAAGAUAUGUAUAAUCGUUCCUCACAAAGUAAUAAA